AUGGCUGAAAUUAGUGAUACGUCACCCAAAAAUAUUGGAGAAAUGGCAAUUAAUGGAGCGGGAGUUGCUUUGGAUACAAGCACGACGAUAAUUGGUGUAAUUGAAGGGGUAAUCAAUAUCACCGUACCAUUUGCAAAGUUUGUACCAUUAAUUGCAGAUGUGGCCAACAUUUUAGAUCAAAUAGUUGAUUUAUAUCAAUCUGCGGAACAUAAUAAAAGAAUAUGUGGGGUUUUGAUUGAUAGGGUGUCCGCGGCCGAAGCGGCAGUGCGAAACUUAAAAAUUCGUAGAGAUCAGAAUAAAACUUUUUUCAAUCAACAAAAUUUAAUCUUGUUACAAAGAUUGGUACACAAUAUACAACAAAUUCGAAGAUUCGUUAACGAAGUUAGUCAAGUAAAAGGGUUAAAGAAAUACGCACAAGCCAAAAGCAUUGAAAAAUCUUUUAAUGAAUUAUGUAGAGAUUUUGAUAGUCAUGUGGCUACUUUACAUUUUGCCAUUACGGUUGAUUCUCGUAAUCAAGCGGAAAAUGAUAAGGAAGCCCUAAGGAAUGAUUUGGCUGACCUAAGUAAAUAUCUUGAUGAUAUUGGUAGUGGUAUAACCGAUAACAAUAAACACGUUGCGCAAUUGGUUACUCAAUUGAUCGUAAUGAAUAGUACGAUGGAAAAUUUACACGCCGAACAAAUAAAAAAUAAUAAUACGGAAAGUCAAGGUAAAAUUGAUAAUAUAUUUAAAGAGGAGCGACUUCCAUUAAAUGAUUAUAAACCAACACAUGAUGAUCGUGGAAGCAAAGUUAAGAAAUGGAUUUCAAAAAAAACGGAUGAUGAAGUGGCAUUUAAAGCUGUCGCGGAUGAAAAUGAUCUUGAAGAAUAUAAGAAUAGUAUAAAAAAUCAAGUUACCAUAUUAAAAAAAUUAAAGGAUUGUCAAAGUAUCUUAAGAUUUUAUGGAAUAGCAAGUGAUGGUGAAAAAUGGUAUACGGUUACCGAAUGGGCUGAACUUGGUAAUUUAAGGGAAUAUUAUAAUAAAUAUGAUUUUGAUAUUAGAAAGAAAUUAAGUUUCGCUGUUGAUAUCGCAAGAGGGUUGAAUUUCUUGAAAUCCAUCGAAAUUAUUCACAGGGAUAUAAGAGCGGAAAAUAUUUUAAUUACUGCUAACGAAACGGCAAAGAUUGCAAAUUUUAAAUCAAGUAGGAACCUUGCUCAUGAAUCACGAAAGCAAAAUGCAACUCAAGAAGCUGUCCGUUAUUUAGCUCCUGAAAUGUUGGGCCAAAGGACGGUAAAAUAUACAACUAAAUGUGAAGUUUAUAGUUUUGGUAUUUUACUUUGGGAAAUUGCUGAACAAAAAGUUCCUUAUGAGAAAUUGAAUGAUAUCAUUCAUAUCACUGAUCUCGUUAAAAAAGAAAAAUAUCGAGAACCAUUUUCUUUAAAUAGCGACUUGCCGAAAAAAUAUCGAGAAAUUGCGAAAGAAGGUUUUUAUAUACCUGAAUUGUCAAAAAUGUUUAAUACGCUAAUUGAACUUUUUAAAAAUCAUGGGUUGCCGCAAGCUUCGCCUCGUCCUUCAUUUACCCGUAUCCAUCCGCGUGUUAAUAGCACUGAAACUUUUGCACUCACACCACAAGAUGAAAGUGAAUUAAUGAUUGAAGUACCAGAUUUAAGCCCAUUUAAUUAUAUGUCAGUGGAUGAAGCUUCAAAACAGCAUAAAAUUAAAAAUGGUAAUCUUGAAAUGGCUUAUAAAUGUUUCGAUACCUACGCUAACCUUGGUAAUUUAAAAGCAAAAUAUUUCAGAGCAUAUUAUAUUUCUCACAAUUACGCUGAAACUCAUCUUCAACAACAAGAUAGAGAUGAAAUUGCCGCUAGACUUUAUAAAGAGGUUGCAGAUGCAGGUGAUGAAUAUCCCGAAGCUCAACUUCGUUAUGGAAAUUGUUUGUACAAAGGACAAGGUGUUCCAAAGAAUAUUGAAGAAGCCGUUAAAUAUUUCGUUAAAUCGGCUGAAAACGAUCAAGAAAUAGGAAUGUAUAAUGCUGGUUCUUUAUAUCAUAUAGGCGGUCUAAUAGAACAAAAUAGAGAAUUAGGUGAAUAUUAUAUGAAAUUAGCCGCUUAUAAGCAACAUCAACCCGCAAUCGAUUUUUGUAAAAAAUAUAAUAUUCCUUUGUAA